CUCCCGUACCCAAUAAUUCAUACUGUGGAACGUCGUUCACCAAAUUCUCAAGGCCGCUGGCCAUUACUUAUCAGAUGUCGUAAUUUCGUCUUUGUUACCAUGCUUGUACGGAAUGAAAACGAGGCCGUUGAC